CUCUCUCUCUCUCUCUCUCUCUAAAAGUAUACAUUCCAGCAAGCUUUCUCCCUCUAAAAGUGAUUAUAUACCCUUUUUUGUAGAGCAUAGUUUGGCAAACAACUAGGGAUGAAAGGGAAUAGUGAAGAAAAAUUAAUGAAAACAUAUUGGAUAAGGCCUGUUUUUCAGAGGCAUUCUUUUGGAUCAAAAUGGAGAUUAAUGAAGAAGAAAGCUAGUUCAAAAUCCACUCUUCUUGUUUACUCCUUCUUUCUACUUGCUCUGCUGUUUUUGGCUGCUUGGAUUGACCUAGCUAAAUACGCAGGCAAUACCUCUCAAAAAGCCCUCCAAAUUUUUAGCAGAACUCCAUCAAAUCCAAAUCUCGAGUUCCCUCUAGAUUGCUCUAUAUGGAACCAAACCAAUACAUGCCCAAAAAACUACCCAACUUCAUACAAACUCUCCAAUCCAAACUCUUCAUUAAACCCCAAAUGCCCAGAAUUUUUCCGAUGGAUUCCCGAAGAUUUGAGGCCAUGGAGAGAGACGGGAAUCACAAUGGAAAUGGUUGAAAAAGCACGCAAAACUGCCCAUUUCAGAUUGGUGAUUUCGGAUGGGAAAAUUUACGUGGAGAAAUUCAGACAAUCGAUUCAGACUAGGGCUUUGUUUACAUUGUGGGGAAUUGUACAGCUGAUGAGGCGGUACCCUGGGAAAUUGCCUGAUUUGGAGCUCAUGUUUGACUGUAAUGACCGGCCGGUGAUUCAGGCGAAGCACUACCGGCAGCCGGAUUCUGGGCCUCCGCCACUGUUCCGGUACUGUUCAGAUUGGAAGAGCUUGGAUAUUGUAUUCCCGGAUUGGUCAUUCUGGGGCUGGCCAGAGCUUAAUAUCAAGCCAUGGGAGAUCUUGAAAGAGGAUUUGCAAGAAGGAAACGGCAGAAUCAAAUGGAAUGAAAGAAAACCUAAUGCCUAUUGGAAAGGUAACACCGACGUAUCCCUGGCGAGACAGGACUUAGUGAAAUGCAAUGGCUCCAAGUUGAAUGCUCGAAUCGACAAAGUGGAAUGGAAACAUGAGAUGGAACAUGGAUUUAAAACAGCGGAUUUAGCAAGCCAAUGCAAUUACAGAUACAAAAUUUACAUCGAAGGGGUGUCAUGGUCUGUCAGUGAAAAAUACAUCUUAGCCUGUGAUUCAAUGAGUCUGAUGAUAAACCCUCAUUACUACGAUUUUUUCACAAGAAGUUUGCUACCCACAAUACAUUACUGGCCAAUUAACAAGACAGAAAAAUGUAAAUCAAUCAAAUUCGCAGUCGAAUGGGGCAACAAACAUAUGAAUAAGGCACAAGAGAUCGGACAAACAGGGAGCAAAUAUAUUCAAGAACAACUAAGAAUGCAAUAUGUUUAUGACUACAUGUUCCAUUUGUUAAAUGAAUAUUCUAAACUUCUGAAAUAUAAACCUACUGUACCGAAAGGGGCUGCUGAAGUGUGCUCAGAGACAAUGGUUUGUUCUGUCGAAGGUUUACAGAAGAAAUUUAGGAUAGAUUCAAUGGUGAAAAAUCCAGCAGAUUCAUCUCCAUGCACGUUCCCUCCUUCCUAUAAUCGAGCAGAACUUGAAGAUUUUCUUGAAAUGAAAGAUAAUCUAACUAAGCAAGUUAAAAUACUGGAAGAAAGUGAAAGUAUUGGAAAUCCAACCAUCAAAAUAUAAGCAUUGGACUGCAGAUUA